AUGUCUCGAUCCCGACAGCCAGCCUCAAAUUCUCUCCGGACUACCACCGAGUCCCGGGAACAAUCGGUUCCCUUCCCGGCAACCCUCAGACUGCGAGCUGAAGAAGCACCAGCCGCUGAAGAAACCUCUUCAUCCCGCCGAAUAAGAUGGAGCGAAGAUGUCGUAGAUAACGAAGGCAUGGGAAAAAAGAGCUCAAAGGUAUGCUGCAUCUACCACAAAGCCCGACCAGUAGGAGAAAGCAGCUCGGAGGAAUCAUCCAGUUCGUCAAGCAGCGAGAGCGAGAGCGAAGACGACCGUCGUUUAGCUAGAAUGAAUCGGACCCGUCGUGCACCCUCGCACGGGGACUCCCACAACCGUGUCCAUGAACAUGAACAUGAACAUGAACAUGACACAAAGUGCUCAGAUCACGAACACGAUCAUGGCUCGAAAUUGAAAAAAGCAAGGAGGAAACCGAGCCCGAAUGCAUACGAGAGAAUGCCCAAGCCGUCGAAGAAUCACAAUCCUGCGCGGGGCUCUUGA